CGCUGGAUGACAGAAAUCCUGCCUCCCGGCUCCACCCAGCAGCCUCUCCGCCACCUGGAAACAAAGCCCCUUCAAACUAAAUAAACCGUUGCAACAGCUUUGGGAGAGCUUGGUUGUGGCGGAGCUGAUCGCAGAGGAUCAGGGCGCUCUGGACAGAUGAGUUAUUGGCAGCAGCUGGCAUCUUCUCAUCAGACCCUGAACUGGAGUGACCUGGAUGUGGAAGCGGACUGAGGGGCCGUAUCUUGCUUUAUUUUGGUUACAACACUGCGAUGGAAACGGAGGAUGCUCUCAUCGGCAGCGGGACAAGCUAGCUAACUUUAAUAUCCGGCGGUUGGAACUAGAUUAUCUUAACUGCUACAGUAUAAGUAUUUAGCAGAAAAAAAUGAGGACACUGUUGUGAGUUUGUUUUGUUAAACCCGUCUAUCCCGCAGUAUGGAAAUUAGAAGCUGAAAACAAUGUUGUUAGCUAGUUAGCUAAGGUUUGCCAGCUAGCUGCUAGUUAACUAGUGGGCUGAGUUAGCCUUCCUGACUCAGCCCACUAAUAGUUUUUCUGCUUCAUGUUAGUUACUACAAUAGAGUUGCCAAGUGGCAGUUUUUUUUUUUCCAAGUGACACAACUUUUGCUGUCGGAGUGCAACAUUUUUAAGUAAAAACCGAAGCUAGCUAGCUAACCAGCGGUGCCGAUCCAUUUCACUGCGAUCUUUGUGGCUGUAAAAGUCUUUGUAAGAGUGUGUCAGCCAUGGCACAGGAGGCCUUCCCCUUGCAUUUUUACGUCUGGAACAAUCAGUAUCUCGAGCUGGACCGAGAGCUGCAGAAGAAAGAACAGGAUGUUCAGCGCCUGGAUCCACGGGGGCGCACCCCGCUGGAGCUGGCUGUCUGUCUGGGUCACCUGGAGUCCACCCGGGUGCUGCUCAGGUACUCUGCGGACCCGACGCACUGCAGCACGCAAGGCUGGACCAUCUUGCAGGAGGCGGUGAGCACCGGGGACCCAGAGCUGGUGCAGCUGGUGCUUCAGUACAGAGACUUUAAACGAGCUACAGAGAGACUGGCGGGCAUCCCGGAGCUGCUCAGCAAACUGAGACAGGCACGGGACUUUUACGUGGAGAUGAAGUGGGAGUUCACCAGCUGGGUGCCCUUGGUGUCUAAGGUUUGCCCCAGUGACGUAUACCGGGUUUGGAAAAGUGGCUCGUGCCUCCGUGUUGACACCACCCUACUGGGCUUUGAACACAUGACUUGGCUGAAGGGACGGCGCAGCUACAUUUUCAAGGGUGGAGACGACGGAGCCGUGGUGAUGGAGGUGGACCACGAGAAGCAGGUGGUGUACACGGAGCCGCUCGUGCUGUCCCCUCGUGAUGCGCCGUCCCUUCUGGCGGCCAUGCAGCCGUCGCAGGAGAACACGGCCCAGAGGCUCACGUCGCCCAUCGUCUCCACGCACCUCAACACGCGCAACAUUUCCUUUGAGCGGAAUAAGUCGGGGAUCUGGGGCUGGCGUUCUGAGAAGACCGAGGUCGUCAGCGGUUACAAUGCCAAGGUUUACAGUGCCACCAAUGUGGAGCUGGUGACCCGCUCGAGGACGGAGCAUUUAUCAGACCAGGACAAGUCCAAAAGCAAAGGCUCAAAGACUCCACUUCAGUCCUUCCUGGGGAUUGCAGAGCAGCACACGGCUCACGACGGGAGCAACGUGUCCCAGUGUGCCAGUCCUAACAACCCCACGGCCAUCACAGCCGAGGAAUACUUCAACCCGGAGUUCAACCUGAACGGCCGGGACAUCGGACGCCCCAUCGAGCUCACAAGCAAAGUGCAGAGGUUUAAAGCCACACUUUGGCUGAGUGAGAACCACCCUCUCUCCCUGGCUGAGCAGGUGACGCCCAUCAUCGACCUCAUGGCCAUCUCAAACGCUCACUUUGCUAAACUGCGGGAUUUCAUCACCCUGCGGCUCCCGACGGGCUUCCCUGUGAAGAUAGAGAUUCCUCUGUUUCACGUAUUGAAUGCCAGAGUGACGUUCAGUAAUCUGUGUGGCUGCGACGAGCCGGUCAGCUCUGUGAUCGUUCACCAGCCAGAGGACCCUGGAGAACUGCAGAGAACUCGGGGUCAGCUUCCCCCCGACUUCCAUUGCGACGUGGACCCCUCGGUGUUCGAGCCCCCUCCCGAUUACACCACCCUCGGGCCGGGCCGCAGCGAGCCGCUGAGGGACGAGGACGACAACCUGCUGCAGUUUGCCAUCCAGCAGAGUCUGCUGGACGCCGGCACCGAGAGCGAUCAGGUGACCAUCUGGGAGGCGCUGACGAACAGCCGCCCGGGGCCGCAGUCUCCGCUGUAUGAGGAGGACUCUCAGCUGGAGAGGGCAAUCCAGGAGUCGCUCUCCAUCUCUCUGGCCAGCAGAGAGGGAGAAGACACGGCCGACCCCAGCCUGCCCCCCUCCGUGUCCCCACAGGACCCCGCCUCCAACUCGCCGCUCUCCUHCAGCGCCGCCACCAACCCGAGGCUUUCCUCCGGCCCCUUCGGCGUGGCGUCCAACUUCGACGAGCAGCUGCGGCUCGCCAUGGAGCUGUCUUGCAGGGAGCAGGAGGAGAAUGACAGGAAGCGUAARGAGGAAGAGGAGGAGCUGGAGAGGAUCCUGCAGCUGUCUCUCACGGAGAAGUGAUGCUGCAGCUGGAGCCGGACGGGUCCACACUUAAUUUAUUCCGUUUUAAUUUUUAAAUCCCAAGACAUUAAUUUAUUAUUGCAGAUAUUUUWUUUGUUUUUGUCACAUGAAGGCUGCUAACAUGCACAGACUGAAAGGAACUGAUGUAGGAAAUGCGAAAUGGGUCACUUUGAAUAAAAUACUGUACACUUUAAGCGAAGGAGACGACAAAAAGGGAGCUUCUUUUUUUUUAUUGAAUAUUUUUCACAGUCUUGCUGUUUUUGAGUGAUGAAUGAUCCUUAAGCUUAUAUGAUCCACUACACUGACAAAAAAACAAAACAGCAAAACAUAAUGGAAAAAUAAAACAACCUUCUAAGCAUUUAUGUUGGAUUACUCCUAAGUGUGGAAAAAUAAAAAUAAAGAUAAUCUUGGAUUA